AUGGCAUCCACUCGACUAUUGCUCCUCAAUGGAUUUUCGUUUAGACAGCUAUUCAUUGCCCAUCAUGCACACUCACCAAACAAAGACCGGUGGGAACUAUUGCAGGAGCUAAAGAAAGAUCUGAAGGAGAUCCGUUACAUGAAGGGGCCUCUUGCGACGAGCCAACAAGCUCUUGACCAAGUGGAAGAAGCAUGUACCUUCCAUCAACAAUAUCGACAUUACAAGCUCGUCAUGCACACCAAGCAGCUCUGCCAGUGGGAAGGAACCACAUCAAGCAACGGUGCAAAAUGGGUUGUAAAUUUUGUACGAAUGUUCUGCUCAAGGUACAGUGAAAAUACUGCAUACAUGAAAUUCUAUCACUCACCUAAUAUCAAUGGGUUAGAGGAACGACUUGAGGAUACGCUGUUGACCGUGAAGAAGAUCGUUGCAAGCGACAAAGAGAACAUGGCUCCUCUUCCGCAGCUUGUUGCAAGUGAAGAACAUCGCUAUCAAAACGGCUUAUGGCCUUCUUUUCGUGCGAUCGUUGGUUGCCAUGGCAAAGGAAGAAGCGCGUAG